AUGGCACAUUCACAUAAACACAGUCAUGCUCAAGGUCGAAUACCAGGUCCAACUCCUGAACAAAUGGCAAAAGUUCACGAUGAUCAUAUAACAGAAUUUCGUAUUGUUCUACCAUUAACCGUUGAAGAAUAUCAAUUGGCACAAUUAUGGUCGACAGCUGAAUGUUCAAAACAGAAUACAGGUGGUGGUGAAGGUGUAGAAGUAAUUAAAAAUGAACCAUUUGAAAAACCGAUGUCAGCAGCAUUUUUAGAAAAAUUUAAUAAAGGACAAUAUACACAUAAAAUAUAUCAUUUAAGAGAUCGUGUACCAGGUUUUGUAAAAGCACUUGUUAGUUCACCAGAUGCAUUUGAUUUACAUGAAGAAGCUCAUAAUGCAUAUCCAUAUUGUAAAACGGUUUUAACAAGUGCUUAUAUGAAAGAUGCAAUGUACAUUGAUAUAUCAACACUACAUUUACCACACGUAUACGAUUCAAGAACUGAUUGUUUUCAAGAUAAUGUACAUCAAUUAGGAAAAAAAGAUUAUGAUCGUCGAAAAAUUGUUGUUAUAAAUAUAGCUGAUCCUGUAUCAGCAAAUGACUAUAAACCUAAAGAAGAUCCUACAAAAUUUAAAUCAAUUAAAACGGGACGUGGACCAUUAAUUGGUGAAUGGCAGAAAAAUUGUCAACCACUCAUGUGUUGUUAUAAAUUAGUACGUGUUCAUUUUAAAUGGUUUGGUAUUGGAACAAGAGUACAAGAUUUUAUCAUGAAACAAGAACAACGUUUAUUUCGUAAUUUUCAUCGACAAUUAUUUUGUUGGAUGGAUGAAUGGUAUGGAUUAACAAUGAAUGAUAUAAGAGAAUUAGAGGAACGAACAAAAGAAGAAUUAAAAAAUCAACUUGUUCGUGGAGAAAAACAAGGUUUUAGUGCAGAAGAAUAA